AUGCGGCGAAAUCAACCAAAGUAUUUCACGCAAUUCCAGAGCAAAACCCCGCGCGCUGCAUAUUUUACUGCAAAAUCUAAAUUUAUUAAAGAAUCCAAAGCUUGCUUGAAUUGUUUAAGUCCAGGGCAUUACAAAGAACGCUGUAAUAGCUCAUCCGCUUGCCGAAUAUGUCAUCAACGACACGAUACGCUGCUUCACAGUAAUACACGUUCACCCGCCGCCACAUCGGCUCAUGUCGUCGAUGCCAUCGCAGCCGCUUCGAAUCCCGCAUCUGUAAGCAACCAUGCAACUGGUUCAUCUGCCACCGCUUUAGCAGUGAAUAGCGCUGCUUCACACGUUUCGUCCUGCUUAAGUGCUGGUUCCAUUCCGCUACCUGCAACGCAAAAAUCAGUUAUAUUAUCUACCGCAUUAGUAAAGAUUCGAGACUGCGCUGGUCAUUGGCAGACAGCACGUUUAUUGUUCGACACCGGGAAUUUGUUCAUCGCAAAGCGACCGCCUUGCGAAACGCUGCUCACGCUUUCGUCUAAUUGUUCGGAUAAAUGCUACGAUAUUACCGCGCUGAUUCUUCCGAAAAUCACCAACGAUUUGCCGACGCAGACCUUGAGUGUUUCUAAUUGGCCACAUAUCCAAGGCUUAUUCCUAGCUGAUCCACAUUUCGCGAAGCCUGGCCGCAUAGACGUACUCGUAGGCAUGGAUUUAAUGGAUCAACUAAUCUGUGCGGAGCUUCGAAAGGGUCCGUCUGGCACGCCUAUGGCGCAGACAACUGUUUUCGGCUGGACUUUAUUUGGAAACGUUGACAAUUUUGGUUCGCCAACGCCUAGUUUGCCAUCGCUGCAUUGCGAUGUGCAAUUAGAUCGAGCGCUCGCUAGGUUAUGGGAGCUCGAAGACUCGCCGCAGAAACAGCAUCUCACGCAUGAGGAAAACUUCUGCGAGAAUCACUUCAAUUCUACACAUCAAAGAAUGCCGGAUGGUCGCUUUGUGGUUGAACUACCGCUUAAACCUAACACUGUAUUGGGUGAGUCACGAAACUUCGCAAUACGUAACCUGCUAUGCAUAGAACGAAGGCUCGCUAGCAACAGCGAUUUGCGUUUGCGCUACGAUGAGUUCAUGAGAGAGCUCAUUGACAUGGGUCACAUGGAGGAGGUGUUUGAAACGACGAGUGAGGUGGAUUAUAUGCCACACCACCCAGUCAUUAAAGAAUCUAGCGUUACGACCAAGCUGAGGGUAGUCUUCAACGCGUCCGCCAAAACCACCACGGGUAACUCGCUUAAUGACGCAUUGUUUGUUGGACCUCAGCUACAGCAAGANGAUUAUAUGCCACACCACCCAGUCAUUAAAGAAUCUAGCGUUACGACCAAGCUGAGG